AAGGCGUGCUACCACAGUAUCUUUCAGGCCGCGUCUGGACGGCACGCGUCUGUACUCAGGAGGUGCAGCGCUAAAACACCGCAUCGUCAGUCACGCGUCCCUCCUUUCUUCCAGCGAUCCGAGAUAUCCUGGCCGCUUUCAAGAUCCCAGCCCAGUGUACAAAGCCCCUCAUCUGGUCAGCACAGGGAGUGGGAAUGUCGGGCUGGCUGCAGGAUGGCAAGUCCGCCAUUCACGAAGCCGUAGAAGACGCGUUUCACAGGAUUGAGGCGAGCGCAAAAUCUAAAUUAUCCGAGUGCGAUCGCAGAAAUGAUGUGCUGUUGCGAGAGUUACAGCAGCUUCAGGGCCACGCCGCCAAUGUUGCUCAGCUCCAGCAAGAGAAUGAAUCACUGAGAAGACAGGUUCAAGAGCUCCUAAAGGCCCAGGAAUCAGCACGAGAAGCGCCUGCUGAGAGACGCAUACCACUUGGCGAACUAUCCCCAAACAAAUUCCCUGCUUCAACAACUGCCGAUCCACCCUCGCGACUGGGGCCCGAAGUAGUAGACUACGAGAGGGAAUGCAAAAAGCUUCACACAAAGUGCAACAACCUCGAAAAAUCGCGGGACAGGUACAAGUCAGUGCUCCGGCAAAGGACCGAGCAGAUCGACAAAUGGGCAGAGGCUUCAGACAAGCAGAAAGCAAUCAUCGACAGGCUGCGGAUGAGACUCGCCCAAUACCAGUCCAGAGGACCCCGGGGGACAUGUGCAGAUACUGCCGACCUUGGCACACCAACUGACGAUGAACGCUUCAAUGCCCGCGUGGACAAGCCGAACAGGCAGAUUCCACCGUUAGGCUUCGGAAAUACACCCAGUGCAGCCCCAGGACCAUCUAUAGCCCUAGCCCCUGCAAAACAUGCAGUCGUGGUCGCUCAUUGUGACGCCGGGAGGCCAGAAGACUUGACAGAGGAUGUGCUUGACGCCAGUGCUCCCGGGAGUGGCCCUGCCGUUGAGCAGCUCGAGCUUCCAAAGCUUCCUGACCAAGAACAUAAUUCAGGUAUCGCUCUGAAGGUCGAAUUGUCAUCAGAUGGACCCAUCUUCGUGUCCGAAAGAGCAGUCCAUAAAAGGAAACGUGACCGAGGAGGCGAGCCCAAGAGCAAACAUGCGCAGAACAUCAAGUCCGAACAUGGCAGUUCAGAACCUGAAUGUACCGGGGAAACGCAUGUCUUCACUCCCACCGAAAGUCUCGAUUUUGACCAAGACGUCCAUGUUCCAACUCCCAAGAAACCCAGACUGUUUGCGAAAGCCCAGCUAUACACUGGAGAUGACGUACGUGGUGCAAGAGUAACUGGAAGCUCUUUGAACGACACCCAUACGCCAGCCGCUCCAGGCAACUCUCUGCCUAAGCUGACAAUAAGCCAUGGGGAUGGCCAUGAUCUGGACAAUACGCCGACUUCCCGCGAGCCUGUUGCUCGUAUCUCGGAACUGGUGACUCCUGGUGGACGACAGCAACAGAAGCAUGCGGUAUUCCAACUUGGACAAGGGAUUAGAGGUCUUGCAGAGGAUGGAGAUGUCGACUGGACUACCGUACAGCGUCGAGUGGCUAAAGGCCGCCUAGAUGCGUUGCUCAAUUCGCCGUCCCUCCGAACCCCAAUGACCAAGAUUCAACCCGUGUCUCACAUAAUGAACAGUCUCCAGCACCCAGCUGAAGACGAUGACGAGGCUGAUCUCCGGGUGCCUGCCCCGCGCGAACUUCCCCACGGCAAGAAAUUGCAAUCGAAAGACACACCGGCCACCCCGAUGCAGCGGAAGGCCGCAGCGGCACUCCCGACGAAAGCCCAUCUGGGUCAAGAACGUGCGGCGAAGAGGCCCUCGAUUCUCCGUGAGGGCAUGACCCCGGGGCGACCGACAGACAGGGAGGGGGGGCCUCUGCGCCGCAAACCAAUGGAAACGCUGAGGCCAGAGGACUUCAAGCCGAAUCCCGGUUACAAUGAUGGGCUAACCUAUGUAUAUGGCGAAGUUGUUCGGGGCAGACAAGCGCGCUCUGCUCUGUCUGGCUGUACCGACCUCAAUUGCUGCGGCAAGACAUUUCGGUCCUUCGCCAAGGCCGAACGUUCCACGAUUGGCCCCUCGGUCACCACCCGUGCGGAAGACAUCAAAUUGCUCGAGGAAUACCUCGGGGACGAUGCCUACAAGCUGGGAACCCUGACGCGCGACGAGAAGGAGGAAACGUGGCUCCUGGCCAAGACCUGGGAGCUGGCGACUAAAUUCGGGCGGCACCGGCAGAGAUAUUCCAGGAUGCCGAGCCCACCAGGCUACUGGACCGUGGAGUUCCCAAGCACACAGGAGAGAGCAGAGGAGAGGAGGCAAGCGGAGGAGAUCCAGAAGGCAUUGGUGAAGGAGAGGUACCGGGAAGCAAUGAGGCCUGGCGGGAGGUGGCUGUUCCGCGAUGAGGAGGGGCGUUGACCAAGUGCCAGUCGAGAUCUUGGCUGGCUGUUUUUGUAGUGGCUCGACCUGCCGGAUAUGUACUUCGUCACAAGAGUCAUUCGCAUGGCGGCGAGCAAUGGCCAGCGUACUGAAGCAGUGAGCUCUACAUGGAGCUUCCAUGCAAGCAAUGGCUUUGAGUGGCUCCGGAGAAAACGCAGCCCUAUCUGAGCCAUGUGCUUGUCCGGGGGUGACACAAUACACAUACACAUACAUUCUCUGUAA